AUGGAUUCCACUAUCACAACUACGUCCGCAAGUGAUUCCCAGGCGGUGAUGUCGCUUCCUACCGAGCCGGAUACCCGUCAAGACAAAAUGGGUUUGCGGAGAGGAUUGAAGACGAUGCCUCCCGAAAUGAUAUAUGAAAUAGCGAAAUACAUGAGCCAGGCCACCAAGGCUCGCGUCGCGCAGACUUGUCGUCGGCUUCGUACUCUCAUGGAUCAGGCUUUACUCGAUCAGGAUGGCAAGGAGGAUCGUCACGCACUCUGGUGGGCCUCAGUAAAUAACGAAUAUGGACUUCUAGAGCGAAUCCUCAAGACCAAAAGUGUGCGUGCCUAUGAUCUUGCCAAUUACCGAUUUCUAGAGGUUCACACCUUUGAAUUCACCUUCAAUACUUCGAGACAGGUGAAGGGUCUUUGCCGGAGCCGUAAAGGCGCCGAUCACAGCCUCCAUCUUACGCCUCUAACGGUAGCAAUCCAAUUUGGAAACGAUCGCGCCAUCACUGUCCUACUCGAACAGGGCGCUGAUGUCAACCUUGCGGUUCCCUCACCUUCGAUGGGACCUGCAAAGCUAUGGUAUCCGCUCCAUUGGGCGGUGCGCGUAUUGCAGAGUGGCAGACAGUUCCACGAUGUCGUGGGCCUUCUCAUAAAACACGGCUCCAGUAUUAAUCAAGCUCCCUUGCUCCAAGGACCGUUCUACCAGCACGAAGAUGAAAUUCCUAUUUUUGAAUUCCUCAGUUUCGUGCCUUCGUUCAGAAAGAAAUCCUCCCGUAAACACCCUGACGCCGAAUACGAAAGACAGCUGGAGAGUCGUUGCCGUAAGUUUGAAUCACUACUUCAGCUCGGAGCAGACCCCAACGUUCGCGCGCCGGUCACCGGUCAAACACCGAUCUUUAAAACAGCAAAGGCGCUGAGUGAAUACGACCCAAAGUCUCCUUUCGUAGGUCAGCACCCAUUACGUCAUGAAAUCGAUCGAGUAUAUGAGGAAGUUGUCGUCAAGCACGCUAUACAGAUCUUCAGAAGCUUGGCUCGACGUGGUGGAAAGGUGAAUACUGUCUGUGAGGGCACAACUGCUCUACAUCUCCUAUGCAAGCGCAGUGAGGAGCACCAGACCUUGAUCAAAUGCAUGCUACGACUUGGGGCAUCAAUCAAUGCUAUUGACUCACUUGGCCAGACGCCUAUCUAUGCAUAUGUGAUGUAUCCUCGCCACCACAAGCUUCUUGCGAAAUUCAUCCAGGCGGGUGCAAAAGUCAACCACCGAGAUAAGAUGGGCCGUACGCCGCUUCACGUAGUAUGCGCCGGCUACCUUGUUUGCCACUCGAAGCUACAAGAUACUAUAACCACGCUCCUUGCACAUGGAGCCGACCCCAACAUGCAAGAUGCUCAGGGCAAUACUCCUUUGGAACUUCUUGAAGCUCGGAGAAACCCCACUUGGAAGGACACUCGGACCAUUCUCCAUAGGGCUGUGCUCAAAGCCUCAGGAGUUACCCUUGAAGAAACCGACGACGUGAUCUAUAGCCAGGAAGAACUGGAAGCCUGGAACCGACCCUUCGAGGAUGAGACUACCUAG